AGAGCCCCGGCUCAGCACCUCGGAGAGCUCCCUCCCCGGCCUUGUUUUGCUCCAGAACCGCUGCCGGGGGAGGGAGCGAAGGGGCCGGCCUUAGGCCUCGAGGCCGAGGGAUGGCAGUGAAGAGGACGAAGGGCCCCAGGGGGCAGAGGGCCCAGCCGUGAUCCUGCGAGGGGGGCCCGGGGCGCCGGGUGGGGUGGGGGGCAGCGGGCGGCGGCAGCAGUGGCCGCACAUCUGGAUGGAAGCGAGCUUUGUCCAGACCACCAUGGCUCUGGGGCUGCCCUCCAAGAAAGCAUCUUCUCGCAACGUGAUCGUGGAGCGCAGGAACCUGAUCACCGUGUGCAGGAAAGAGGCUUUGAAUCCUGCAGUCUGCUUCCCCCUAGCACAGUCUGACACUGACUGUCUACUCUCAGGCUCCAUCCUCUGGUUCUCUGUGAAAACCUUGCUAGAGAAGUACACAGCAGAGCCCAUUGAUGAUUCGUCUGAGGAGUUUGUUAAUUUUGCAGCCAUUUUAGAGCAGAUCCUCAGCCACCGAUUUAAAGCUUGUGCCCCAGCAGGUCCAGUGAGCUGGUUCAGCUCAGAUGGACAACGGGGCUUCUGGGACUAUAUCCGGCUGGCCUGCAGCAAAGUGCCCAACAACUGCGUGAGCAGCAUUGAGAACAUGGAGAACAUUAGCACAGCUCGAGCCAAGGGCCGGGCAUGGAUCCGGGUGGCUCUGAUGGAGAAGCGUAUGUCAGAAUACAUCACCACAGCUCUUCGGGACAACCGAACUACCAGACGGUUCUAUGACUCCGGAGCCAUCAUGCUGCGGGAGGAAGCUACUGUCCUCACAGGGAUGUUGAUCGGACUCAGCGCCAUCGACUUCAGCUUCUGUCUAAAGGGCGAAGUUCUAGACGGGAAGACACCGGUGGUCAUCGAUUACACGCCCUACCUAAAAUUCACCCAAAGCUACGACUACCUGACGGAUGAGGAGGAGAGGCACAGUGCUGAGAGCAGCACGAGCGAGGACAACUCACCGGAGCACCCCUAUCUGCCCCUCGUCACCGAUGAAGACAGUUGGUACAACAAGUGGCAUAAGAUGGAACAGAAGUUUCGCAUUGUCUACGCACAGAAGGGAUACCUGGAGGAGCUGGUGCGUCUGCGCGAGUCGCAGCUGAAGGACCUGGAGGCGGAGAACCGGCGGCUGCAGCUGCAGCUGGAGGAGGCAGCCGCACAAAAUCAGCGUGAGAAGCGGGAGCUGGAAGGCGUGAUCCUGGAGUUGCAGGAGCAGCUGACAGGUCUGAUCCCCGGUGACCAUGCCCCCCUGGCCCAGGGUUCCAAGGAGCUCACCACACCUCUGGUCAACCAGUGGCCCUCCCUGAGCACACUCAAUAGGCCCGAGGGUGCCAGCAACUCCAAGCUAUAUCGGAGACACAGCUUCAUGAGCACGGAGCCGCUGUCAGCAGAGGCCAGCCUGAGCUCAGACUCCCAGCGCCUGGGAGAGAGCAAGAGGGAUGAGGAACCCUGGGGCCCCAUCGGGAAGGACCCCACGCCCUCCAUGCUGGGCCUCUGCGGCUCCCUGGCCUCCAUUCCCAGCUGCAAGUCCCUGGCGAGCUUCAAAUCCAACGAAUGUCUGGUGAGCGACAGCCCUGAGGGCAGCCCGGCGCUCAGCCCCAGCUGAGGAGCAGCAAGGGCAAUGGCAGCCCCACCUGCCAGGGGCCAUGGACAACUGCCACCUUUUGAGCCCCCCAACCCAGGCCACCCUUCAAGAACACCACCCACCUAGCCUUGGGUCUCUAGGGAAAGACAACCCAAGCCUCUUUCCUGCUUCAGCUCCCUGCCAAGGAGGCAGGAGCUGCAUGGGGAAGUGGUGGGACCAGGAGGGACACCCAGGUCACAAAUCCUCGUUCCCUGGGGAGGCCACUUCAUUCUGGUGGCUCUGAAGGCUGCCUGGUUCCUUUUGCUCAUCUCCCACACUUGCCUCAAAAGCAGAUGGUCUAGCCCUGGCACUCCUGCUGCCCUGCCUCUGGUCUAACCCUGUGUACCCUCUGAAGUCACCCUUCCUUGGUACCUAUGUGGGGAGAGAUUAGGCAAAUAAAAACCAGAGGACUGAA